CAUUCGAUUUUUUGGUCAAAUUUGAAAUGGAGAUUUAUGUCACAUUUUCGAUUUUGUCUAUUGAAAUAUUUCAUAUUCAUGGAACAUGUUUGAGAUUUAAUAGGGACUGUUCAGAGGAAGAGAUUCGGUUAAUAUGUGCAUAUCACUCAACGAUGGCAGAGCGUCUAACAACACCAGUCAGUGAAAUGUAUCCAGACAUGUGGACUACUAUAUCAAGAAUCAUUUCAUCACUAAAAGAACGUCAAACAAUGACAUCACAGAAUACAAGGCUUAUGUCAACGACUGGGAAUCCAACAACAAUGGCGGAAGCAACACUGAUUAAGAUAAGAUCAACGGCUGAUGAAAUAGCAAAUCCGACUGAAAUAGCGAAGACAACAGUACCAUUUUUCAGACAAGCAAAAAAAUGUGAUAUAAACGAGGGUGCAAUAAUGGCAUUAAGCAUCAUUGCAGGCGUUUCUUUCAUAGCUAACGGGAUGUUGUCUAUUCUGUUAUUCAGAAGCUUUAAACAAAGAUCUGGUGAAAAUGACACAACGCCAUUUAACACGAAUGAAGCUACAUGUACAAAUGCAUCAAAAGAAGAUCAAACUGAAAUGUACUCAGGUCUUCAAUUUAGUGACGACAGUUCGGCAUACCAAACACUGGCCGGUGGAAACGAUGUUGCUCAUGCUAAUAGUUAA